GACCACCGGAAGGGAAAUACGCAUCAGUCAUGCCCUUGAACAUAAAAAGACACAAGUCGGAACUCGUCGAAUUUCACUCACCCAAGGCAAGUUCACCUCAAGGGCAAUUUUUUGUCACUGAAACUGAGUCUCCGCGCAUCCUACCUUCUUCGCCUGUCGGUACGUCUAUGCUCAAGCAUGUCGAUGAUUCGCCACAAGUUCAAGUUCUUGGGCGUGUACAAGCCGACCAAGGAUUUACCCGCAGUAUGGAUAGUGAAACCAUGAAGACCUAUUAUGGAGGCGCAAUGACCGAAACGACUUUCAUGAGGAAUCGAAAUUUGCUCGCGGUGAGAAAGAAACGUCCUCAGUUCGAGCGCAGUUCAUCCUCGCAUCCUCAAUCCAAGUCUCAUAUAUUGAAGGACGAAAACACCCUAACGUAUCCAGCCACCCCGAAAUGCCUCAAUAUUACUGGGACGGUGAAUAUACAACAAACAGAGCGUAGAUUUGCAAAGCUAUUUAACGAGUCAGACCCAUCCGAGAGACCAACGCUCGAGGCCACUUCCCCGUCAACUCUAUUAGGAGGUUUAAACCUCAGGUUGCCAUUCGACAUGAUCCUCAUUGACUAUUUUCGACGAGUCAACCGGUGUUUCGUUUGGUGUCCCGCUUGGAGUGCAGAUGCAGAAGAUGGAAGUUGUGAUGCC